CUUUUCUGAAUUGAGUUGGGAAAUACGCUGCUCUGUGGGCUUCAGGGUCCGUGUACAUUUCGUUAUCAAAAUUGAGAAUGGAAAAACUACAUUUGAAAAUCAGAAAUCAACUUGUUUUCUAAUUUGUUUGGCUUGCACUUGCUAGCACUAGCUAUUAGAAUAAAGUAAUAUGACAUCUCAUUUUGUCUUAGCUUGUAACUUGUAAAAUAUGUAUAUAUUUUUGGACAAAACUAAAAACAAACAUUUAAUAUAUUGUGUUAUUUGUUUUAUAUUAUUACAUGUACAAUUUUGAAACAAUUGAGAAACGGAAUCGUUUUGCGUUUUUCCAUUCUUCGUUUUUAUUCGGAAAUCAAAAUAACGAAAUGUACACGGACCCGUCAGCUUGAUAAGGUGAAGCAACCUUGAGUAGGAGGGGAAAUCAGAGUUUGGAAUUGGAACUGUGGCAGAAGAUCCGGAGUACGAGUGCGGAGGUGAGAAGAGCGUUGGUUUGAAACUAAAUUAAGCACUCGGGAUAAGUCCUCCAGAAACAGCAGGACAAAAAUCUCCGGAGUGAUAAGGAUGGGUGAGACACCAGUCAGGGAUGAUGGCACAGUUACAAGGUCAGCUGAGUAUGUUGGCUCCUUUCCUGUGGAUGACUGUUGUUUGGAUGAUCAGAUGCAGCAGUUGCACACACAGCUCAAGUCUCUCAAAACAUGCAAGAAAAGGAGGUCUGUGUCCCUGAAAUUUUCCAUCAAAGGUGUGAAGAUGUAUGAUGAAGAUGAGACGACUAUCCUCAUGGCCCAUGCUCUACGAAGGAUCUCCCUUUCCACCGCCCACCCCUCGGAUGCCCAAUUCGCCUUUGUUUCCCACAACCCAGGCAACCCUGAUGCCCAACUAUACUGCCACCUCUUCAAGGCUAGUCAUGCCAGAGCAGCCCAGUUCCUGAACCUGUUGCUGUGCCGCUGUUUCCAGCUGUCCUACCUGGAGAAGCACCCAGAGGAGGCUCAAGUUGAGUCUGCAGGCCCACUGCCCAACUGUACCCCCUCCCUCCUCAACCAGGGCUUCCCUCUCAGUGUCAACGCCCUUGUGUCCUUCAGAAGGGCCCCCACUCAGGGCUUACUCCCAGGGGAAAAGGUCUUCCCAUUGAAGAACAACAGCGCAACAACUGAGGAACAACCAAGCAUCCAAGAAAACGUCAUCACCUCUCCUUCCCUGGUGCGCAAGAAAGCCAUCCGCAACAAAGUACUGCGCUCAGGGGCCUAUCGCUCCUUCACUUAUACCCCUCACAAACAACGCCACCUCCAGGAUCGGCUUAAUUCUCCACAAGGAAAGGGGCAGGACAAAAUGCCAGGGAGGAGAGCCCGGGCCCCGAGCCUUGCUGAAACAGAAGAAGCUCUGGCUCAAGCGGUGUGGUGUUGGGCUGGCAUCACCACUGACAGCAGCUCUUCCCUGCUUGCAGAGGAUGUCCUGGGCUCGUACCUCCUGUGCCCGCAUCCUAAGAGACCUGGCUGUGGCUCUCUCAUCAUUCGUUUCUCUUCUGGCCUCAUCACCCACCUCAUAGACAACACAUAUAAAGGGACAUACCUGCUUGAGAACUGCCAACAAGAAUUCUGCACCAUUGCUGCUUUGAUAGAGCACUACACAGAGUUCAAGGAGGAGCUGGACUUUCCUCUGAGUUGUGCCCGUGUAAACCACUGCUACGAGUGGGAGGAGAAUGUUGGCAAGGCACACCAAAGCCUCAAAAGAAAGAAUGCAGAAUAUAACCAGAGGAAGCAAUGGGUUUAAAAGUAAUUUCUGAACAUUGGAUUGAUUGAUGUAUCCCAUUCUCUAAGAGACACUGACAACAUGUUAGACUGACACCUUUCAUUUCUUUGCACUUAAAUACAAUGCAAUUCAUUCACUUCUGUGCUUCAUUUAGGUUACUUUUAUUGUUUUGAGAUUUGUGAUAAGUAAUGUUUAUCACAAUUCACCUGCUAAAGGGAAGUUUGAUCGCAAGGGUGGAGCAGAGCCGUAUAUUUAGAUAAAUGUAAGGCGUGUGGAGUAAGAUGUUGGCACUUCGCCUAUGAUGUAGUUUUUUUUUUUUUUUAAGUCAGUGUGUUUGAGAUGUAUAUUCUAUGUUAGCUUCCCCUACGUUUUGAAAUUGUAUACAUUUUUUUUUAAAUUUAGGAAUUUAGUGUGUAUAUAAAUUGGAGGGAUUUUCUGUUUUUGUAUGUGUUAAGCUGUAUGCCUCGUGUUAUGCUGUCUGUUUCACGGUAUGUUUUAAGAUGUUCUGUGAGAACAUGGUACAUGACUCACUUUACACCACAAAGUGGAGGCAAUUUUUUUAUUGUUGGGUUAUGCAUAAUGCAUUGCCGGAUUUUAUGCAUAAAUACAGACCUCUUAACUUGA